GAAAACUAGAGGACCUGUACUACCUAUUAACGCUCUCAAGAUAACUCCACACUAUACCAUUUGCUUUUCCUCUCUUCUGCUUUCUUAUAUUUGUCAAAAACGCCUUUAUUACCGCUGCACUUACUCCAAUGGAAGAAAACAAGCUACUUGGACGCACUUCGUCGUCGGAUGAUGAUACAGAAGACUCAACAUUCACUAGCAGAAUCAAACGCAUUUCUAAUCAUGAAACUUUCUUUUCCCGCAUGCACAUUCUUCGUUUUUGCCUUGAGAUUAUUCUCAUUUUCUGCCUUCUCGGUACCACUGGUAUUAUCUUGAGGAAUGGCACCAAUAAAGCUGGGGCCAAUAGUAAUCAAAUUUGGCCAGCAGGAAGUGAUUACAAUCAUUUCGUACCUCAUGAUGUUAGCUCAAGGGGCAUCCCCAAACCAUCUGGCCCAGAUCAAUACCAGAUAGAUGCUGAUGCAUUCCAUGAUCGGGGUGUUUUCAAUCAAACUCUUAGCUCCUGGCAAGGCCUUUCUCAUGCGUUUGUACGAGCCACGCCGUAUGAUGGCAGCGGACCUCAAAAACUAUUUGCAGGAGAUCUUUUCGAAAUUGCUGCUUUUCAUCAAAUGCAUUGUCUUACAUCUAUACUUGAGGACUUUGGUCUUUUGGCUGCCGGAAUUCCCAAAGAAGAACUGCCGGGAUAUCACAGCGGUGUAACGUUGACAUGGGAAGAGCACAAGGCACAUUGUUUCAACUACGUCCGGCAGGCUUUGAUGUGCUUCGCUGAUUCUACAGCUGAGGGUCACAUUGAAGGCGACCCCCAUCGCGUGGCUGAUCAUGGGGUUAUGCACGUUUGUAACGAUUUUGAUGCUUUGCUGGCAUGGUCCAAGGAGCCAGAGAGAGCACUACCUAAAAGUUGGAAGGUGACCGAUUGAGAAAAGUGAUUGCUUGUAGUUCAUUUGACGAAAGAGAAGUUAGAGUUUUCAAUAUAGUACAUAAUCUGUUAGUUUUUGGCGCAUACGUGGAGUUUACAUGUAAAUAUUUACUCUAAAAUAUUGAACACAAAGCCAGAAUAGACAGCUGGACGAAGAAAGCAUAGUGAACUCAUGAAAAGUAAUUCAAUA